AUGACCAUCUUCCAAUCUGCACCAUACGCAUCCCCAUCAGCCAGCAAUAUCUUCUGCGCAGAGUAUUGGCUUGCCUUCACUGUUUACCGUGAAUUAGCAGUAUCAACCACCAGCUCAAGGUCUUCCACACUCUCCACAUCUUCCCCCACAAGCGCCCCUUCCACCACCGCGGCAUCUACAACAUCUUCCAAUGAUUCUCCAACCACGGAGGCACCUACAGCCGCAGCAACCACCACAGCUUCCCAAGCCGCUGAUUCUCAGAUUGUGACAGGGGCACAAUCUGGUCAGAGCCAAGGCUGGAUUGCAGGAGCUGUGGUCGGCUCCAUUGCCGCGAUUGCCAUAAUUGCGGGUCUCAUUGGAUGGUUUUUAUAUCUCCACAAGAAAGCGCACCGAUUACCACGAAAGGAUGAUCCUACCAUGAGACAGAGUCUUCCUUGCCAGCAAAGUCCUCCUUAUCAACAGAGUUCUUACAAAGGACCACAGGAAAUGGAUACGACCUCCAAUCCAUUUGUACACGAGCUGAGCUCCUUUGGGUACAAAUGA